AAAGUGAGCCGGAUAAUAAAAGUUGAGAUAUUGGAGAAGUAUUAACAAUGAAGACAACAUGCUUAUAUGGAACAGAUAUGCUGUCUCUGUAUUACUUGUGGCAGGUUUCAUGGUAAUCGCCAUAUACCAAUAUCGCAACCAAAUAUCAUUGGAAUUUUUGUACAAGUUAGAAGCAGCGAAAGAAGAUGGUAGCUCAUCAGUGGUGAAAGAUAUACGAGGAGCGGAACCGUACGUGACCAUAAAAAUGAAGUGUUUUUACAGAGAUAACAAAAAUUAUGGAGAGAGCUGGGAGAAAAUUAUGGAAAACACCGAAUGCCAUUUACGACUGUUUAAUAAAUGUUUUGAAAAUCGCACGGUUGACGGACGCCAUGAAACACACGUUCUAACGUUCAGCAGAGAAGAGGACAUCGAAAGAUGUGUAUGUACAGAUUUAUCGGGGUGGUGCCAAAAUACGUGUUCACACAUACCAAAAAUAAAGUGUUGCUUGGAUAAAGGAAAAACACCAGUGUUGUGCAGACGUUAAACGUAGAAGCGCAGGUUACAGAUGCAGUAUGUUCAAAAACGAAAGAUGAUAGUGUUCCCCUAACAGAUUAAAAUGGUAGCCGUUUCGCUUUUUCUGACCUUCAACAGCAUGUUACACGUGAAAUCAAAAUCAACUUACGCUUUUAUUUCCGCUUGGUAUUUUUCUUCCUGUUCACGGAUUGUUUUCUCACGAAUUUGUUGCAUAGAAAGCUAAAUGUACAAUGGAUAUUGUUUUUAAAUCUUAAUCACAGCGUUUGUUUUAAGAGAAUAUUUUGUUGUUUGAA